AAUUGUGCCGGCACAGUUGUAAAAGAAAAAGUGAACGCCGUGCAUAAAUGAAAUUCUCAAAAUGUCCAAUAUUCCAAAUUCACAAAGCUUUCUUGAAGCAUUCCAGUUGUUAAACAUUACCCACGAGCCAGAUAAAUGUACAACAACCCCAACAAAAAGCAUUCCGACCGACUGCCAGCAGCAGCCACAACAACAAGAUGCGGCAAAUGGCAACAACAGCAACGACAGCGACAGCAUCAUCGAAGUCGUCGCUCACGACAUUCUCACGUGCAGAAUGCCCCAAAGAGCGGCAGGUGAUGCGGACAAUAGUGACGACACCGACACCGACUCGGACGUUAUUGUCGUUGUGGAUACAUCAGAAACAUCGUCAUUUGUCAGCUACAUUCAUCCAUCGGAUUUGGAUACAGAUUCCGUCGACAGUAACGAAAUUUCCGACGCUUGGACAAUACCAGAAACCGAAACCGAGAACGAUUCCGACAUCGAUGUUGAGAAGCAAAGUGACAGCAUGAUGGAUAAGUUUGUGAGCACACCAAUUAAACGCAAACUCGAAUCCUUCUCCCACAGUAACAAGAAGACCAAGUCAAAGGAGCCAUCGAUUGACCUGGGUUUGUUGGAAAAGACGCCGAUAUGUGCACCCAAAGUGAUAACCACCCGCAGUGGGCGCGCUGUGCGUCAACGCAUCGAUCACAAGUUCGACUAUUCGUCGCGCAAAGCUCAGCUUGAGGAUACAUCAUCUGAUGAUGAUUACGAAGAUGACGAUGAGAUCGACGUCGACGACGACGACGAUGCUGAUGAGGAUUAUCAUGAAGAGUAUCCAGAUGACGACGAUGAUGAUGAUGAUGACGAUGAUUAUGUGGAACAAGUGCAUGAGCAGCCCACACGCAAACAACGUCGCAUCUCAAUGCUAAGUAGCGGCUGCAGCAGUAGCACUGCCAGCUCUUCCAUAACUGACCACGCUGAUGACGCAUUCAUCUAUGUGGACUUGCGGCAACCGGUGGCCAUUGUCAGCAGCGAGCCGACUGCUGAUGCUACUGCCGUUGAAUGCGACACCGAAUUAAAGAUGCGUUUGCAAAAGUUUUUGGGUUUGCGACCGGCACAGCGGCGUCUCUACAAUCCCAUGGCCAAUUAUGAGCUCGAAGACAAUCGCAUGGAUGAGGAUCCGCCCGUAGUGGCACCUCCAAGCUCGCGCCUCUGGGCAGCACACAAUACGCACAAUGUUGUACAAGAGCCAAGAGCUCGAGUGCCAAAGGCAGCAUCGACACCCAGUCAAGUGUUGAAAACCCUGGGUGCGGAGGUAACCAAUGAGAUGAAAAUGCUGCUCUUCGAUGAUAUUGUGCAGCGCACGAACGCCAAUUGCUUUGAGAGUCAAACGCCGCAGCACAUCAAGGAGCCUAUCGAUCUGAGUGGUCUGCCCAGCGAGGAGGUGCGUGCACACAAUUGUCAGCAGCACAAGAAGAUCACCAAUUUGCUGGCACGCUAUGCGGGUGUCUACAGCUUUGUGGAUUCACUGCGGCCUGAGACGCCUGUUAAUAUGUGUCAUCCACUCGCUAUCUACUAUCGCAAGCGUGACUUUGAAUCGUCCAAAACAAUGCUGGCGAAGACCCUGUUCAAUGUGCUUAAUCACAGCAUCUUUCACUGCGGUCUGCGUCGCAUCAUUACAUGGAAGAGUUGCAUGAACACACCGAGCACAAUUGUGCAUUCCAUUGAGGCUGGGCGCCAGCGUACUUCGCGCAUCGUUCUCUGGCAGCAGAUGAAGCAGCCGGGCAUGCUGGUGAAGGCGCUGCUACACGAGAUGUGUCAUGCCGCUGCCUUUGUAUAUCACGGUGAGACAGGACAUGGCGAUCACUGUCGCAAGUGGGCGUAUCGUGCCAAAUCGCUGCUGCCAGAGCUGCCACAGAUUGACGAUUGCAAUGCCAAGUUCAAGUACACCUGUCUGCUGUGUCAUCGACGCUCGCAUGGCAUCAUCAAGUUCGAGGAUGAGAAACAACAGCUGCGUUGCCACUACUGUCAAUUCGAGGUGAAUGUGGAGAAGUACAAUGCGGAGGAGGCGCAUUCUUUAUCCUUUACCGAUCAACUGGUUACGCCCUACAAACAGUUUGUGCGUGACAAUUACUUAAAGUGUGCGGAGAGCACUCACAGUUCGAAGAUGCAGUCGCUCAACAGCCAGUACAAGGAGCAACUACUAGAGCAGUAGCAGGCGACAGCCAGCUAAUGCAACACACUAACUAUAUAGAUAGCUUUACCGAUAAACUAAUCUUUUUUUUUGCAAGUUGACAUACACUAAAUAUAUAUAAUUUUUGUAAUAAAA